AUAAGACCACGGCUGCCCCGCUGUCCUAAUAGGCUACUCUGUUGGUGUGAACGCUAAACACCACUAAGCACACACUAAUCCGUGGUCGGUCCUUAAUCUCCUGCAGACAACACGGUACUCGCUGUGGGCCGUGCCAAAGUGGCUCUUCGCGCGUAAUCAUCGCUUCAAUCUCAUUCCGGUAUCUGUUUGCGUAAAAAAAAAAAAAAGGGCGCUGUGGUUCGAGCUGACCUGCCCGUUGCCCGCCCCUGCCCCCCUCUCCUUCUCUCCUCCCGGUGGGCUCUGUGAUACUUCGUGGUGUUUGUGCCAUCUAGGGUUAUCCACCGCUCCAUUGCAGUCUUUCUAGCGCAGAGACUUCGCACCUAGGGUCGCACCACUCCUAUCUUUCCGGCUUUUUUUUUGGAUAAACAAAUAACUCCUGCAAUUAUCGAAAGAAAAGAAAAACAACUUUCUUUUGGAUGUACUAUUUUCGCUAUUCUCUUCAACUUUCUGACUUGGAUGUGCGAUUCGGAGAUUCAGAGAGAAGCAAACAAUUACCAAGGACAUAUUGUGUUCUCACUGACAAGUAACUCUACAGCACCGCGGGGAGACGAGGAGAAAAACGCCUUUGCCAUGUAGCAACACUCUAAAAAACCAGUCUGGAAAUACAGAGAAGAGCACACACACACACGCGGGCGCGCACACACACUUAUUAGUAAGCUGGUUAUUUUUACUUGAAGGGGAGAAACUACAAAUAUGCUGUGAAGCUCUUCGUCGCAGUUUGGCUCCCGGCAAAGGCGCAGGUUUCCAGAGCAUCUGCCGGUGGGAAUUUUUUUUUUUUUCUUGCCAAUGAGAGAAGAAGCGAUAUGCGGCUGAGAAGGCAGUUGCUGUUGCAGUCCGUCUCCUGGAAUUAGUGGAUGAAUGGGAAGGGAGCGGCUGUAGCCUCGAACCAGGGAAAACAGAAUAUACUGUAUAGCCUGCGGUGGCACACAAUGGAUACGUGUCCCUCUCUGAAGGUGAAAGACUGAGCGGAUGAGGUGGAGGGUUUCUUCCUCAGCUCACACAGAAACGACACCUUGCAACGUUCAUCCGUGGGAGGAGGGGAAAGACUUGGGAUUGUUUGCGGCCCGCAGGAGGAAUUCAAGGUGAUCUUGGAGAUCCAACAGAAACAAAUGUGACAACUAUCAAGAGGAGGUGUUGUACGAUUCAGACCCCACCCUCAUGACAUGACUCAAUAUGUGUUUGGAUACCUGACCGAACCAAACUACUGAUCCUGUUACUGCUGCCUGUUCAUCGUGCUCUUUGAGUGUGAAUGAGUGGCCUUGAGGUGUUUUCAAGGGACCAUAUGGCACAAUACCAUUCAGUAUAGGUCCCCUUUGUAUGAACUAACAUGGACAAAGUGGUCAUCAGUCUCCUGCUCCUGGGAACCGCAGUUAUGAUGGUCCAUGCAUGUCCCAAAUACUGUGUCUGCCAGAACCUCUCAGAGUCUCUGGGGACUCUGUGCCCCUCCAAAGGCCUGCUCUUCGUACCACCGGACAUCGACCGACGAACUGUGGAACUCCGGCUGGGUGGCAACUUCAUCCUCAAGAUCACCACUCAGGACUUUGCCAAUAUGUCAGGUCUGGUAGAUCUCACCUUGUCCCGCAACACCAUCAGCGCCAUCCAGCCCUUCUCUUUCCUCGACCUGGAGACCCUGCGAUCCCUGCACCUCGACAGUAACAGGUUGACUGAGCUGGGACCAGAUGACCUCCGAGGUUUGAUCAACCUGCAACAUCUGAUCCUCAACAACAACCAGCUGAGUCGAAUCUCCAAAGCAACCUUUGAUGACUUGUUACUGACACUGGAGGAUCUGGAUUUGUCAUAUAACAACUUACGCAGUGUGCCUUGGGAAGCCAUCCGCAAAAUGGUCAACCUUCAUCAGAUGAGUCUCGAUCAUAAUCUCAUCGCCUUCAUUGCUGAGGGGACUUUUAUAGAUCUGGAUAAACUGGCCCGCUUGGACCUCACCUCUAAUCGUCUCCAGAAGCUCCCUCCAGACCCCAUCUUUGCACGUUCCCAGAGCAGUGUAGUUAUGAGCACUCCUUAUGCUCCUCCGCUCUCUCUAAGCUUUGGUGGAAACCCAUUGCACUGCAACUGUGAAGUGCUUUGGCUUCGAAGGCUGGAGCGUGAGGAUGAUAUGGAAACCUGUGCUUCUCCUACUAGUCUAAAGGGGCGCUACUUUUGGUCUGUUCGUGAGGAGGAGUUUGUUUGUGAGCCCCCUCUAAUUACGCAACAUACACACAAGUUACUAGUGCUGGAAGGCCAAACAGCUAGCCUGCGCUGCAAGGCAGUAGGUGAUCCAAUGCCAUCUGUGCAUUGGGUUGCUCCUGAUGACCGUUUGAUCAGCAACUCCUCCCGAGCAACAGUAUAUGAAAAUGGUACCCUGGACAUUAUGAUCACCACAUCUAAGGAUUAUGGAACUUUUACUUGCAUAGCUGCUAAUGCUGCUGGGGAAUCUACAGCCUCAAUUGAGCUGUCAAUUAUUCAACUCCCCCAUCUGAGUAAUGGUACAAAUCGUACCACACAGGCCAAGUCAGGGCUAUCGGACAUAACUAGCUCUACCAAGAUCAGUAAAGGGGAGCCUAAACCUCUGCCAGAGAAGGUGGUGUCUGCAACAGAAGUGACUGCUGUCUCUGCUCUUGUCAAGUGGACUGUUAGCAAGUCAACCCCAAAGGUCAAAAUGUAUCAGCUUCAGUACAAUUGCUCUGAGGAUGAGGUGCUCAUUUACAGGAUGAUUCCCAUGACUAACAGAGCCUUUGUAGUCACAAAUCUUGUCCCAGGGAUGCAGUAUGACCUGUGCGUCUUGGCCAUCUGGGAAGACACUGCCACCACCCUCACUGCCACCAAUAUAGUGGGUUGUGUCCAGUUCAUCACCAGGGAGGACUACCCACAGUGUCAGUCUCUUCACAGUGGCUUCCUGGGUGGCACCAUGAUCCUGGUCAUUGGUGGCAUCAUUGUGGCCACGCUUCUGGUGUUCAUCAUCAUCCUCAUGGUGCGGUAUAAGGUGACCAGUGGCAUCCAGACUAAUAAAUUACCCAAUGUGAGCAACACGUACUCGCAGACCAAUGGAGGAUUGAACAGGUUCAACGGUGCCCCACCACAAGUCAAAUCCACUGUGGUGGUCAUGCGUGAGGAAAUGGUAGAGUUCAAGUGUGGAUCUCUCCAGAGCAGUCUCUCUUCAUCUACAUCCUCUUCUAACUCGUUAGGCAGCCAAACAGGAAGGGGGGCUGGUGACCGCUACAGCAUGCAGGGCAGCGAAUGCAGCACUCUGCCCAGCAGCAAGUUCAGGAGACACGGGCAUGGUGCCAAAGCACGGCCAAAUCUGGACCACCUUUUAGGGGCCUUCACCUCAGUGGAGCUGCGAGGGGUAGCGAGGGACCACCAAGGGGCUUCUGGCCCAUCCACCAGUUCCAAUACUAUGAUGACGGUGGCUAUAGUACCCCCGUCUGAUAAAGAACCCCUUCUUGGGAGGGCCGAGUCCACCACCAUGCUGGGACGUCUCCUAGGGCUGCCCCAGGAGGGUAAGCCCAAGAGGAGCCACUCAUUUGACAUGGGUCACGUUGGAACCACACAGUGUCGCAGCAGCUAUCCUCGCAGGAUUAGUAACAUCUGGACUAAGCGCAGUCUGUCUGUUAAUGGCAUGUUGUUGCAGUAUGAUGAUAGUGAGGAUGAGAAGCCCACAUCUGAGAGCUCUGAGUGGGUGAUGGAAAGCACUGUUUGAGUGCAGUUGCUCAUAACUGUGAGGUCCAUGGCUAAACCACAAACCUAUAUCAGGAACUAAAAGAACAUGAGUGUAGAAGCAGGGAUGGUCCAGUGGGGAUCUGCCUUCGGGUACUGCAUGAAGUUCAUCCAUGUGAAUACUGUAUAAGUAACUAUGUGAGAAAAGACACUCAAAUCGAUAGAUUCCUGGCCAUGAACCCAAAUUGUUGACAGUGUUUAACUGUAUUUGUUUCCAAUUCAAAACAACAUGGAGUCCUGGCAGAUGGAAUAAAUCCCUAUCCACAGGGCACGUGAGAGUCUUUCAGCCAGAAAAGGGGACAAGAAAGAUGAGGAAUUCAAAGUGGAUUUACUGCAUCUUUAUCAAAAGAACUGAAUGCCAAGAGGAUUUGCCUCGAAUGUGGUGAACUGUAUGUGCAUCACAAUGUCUUGGAUCCUGAGCUUUCAAUGGGACUACUGCAACAGUAGAGAGAAGGACCAGAGGAGUGAAUAGAAAAUUUAAACAGUCAUUUUUAUUUUCAUCUGGGUUUUUCUAUCAUUUUUACUAUUUAUUAUUUCAGGUGAUCCAUCAGCAGGCAGAGGCACAGCUCUUCAGUGAGGUUAUCAAUGUCAGUAAUCAAAGAAAGAAAAAAGACACACAGAAGCUUCACAUAUCACAAUUUAACAUAAUUCAACAGUGUUUUCAGUCAAACUUGAUUUUCUAUUUUUUUAUUUUACAAAUUGAAAAUAUGAUUUCUUCUGAAAUAACAGCACGACCCCAUGCUCUAGAUAUCGGCAACACAACAAGCCAGUCUUGUAUUUCUACCUCAGAUUAUAUAUCACAUGAGGUUAUUUAUAUAUGAAAGCAAAAGGAAAUACAACAAAACCUAAAUGCACAAGACAGCAGCUCAAAACACAAGAAUUAUUUAGUAUCCAGCCAGUCAUAUUCAGCUUAGGUUAAAUUCCUUUUGUGACAAAAUGUCUAUGUUCUGAUCCUCUAGCCACUGGUGAACGUUGGUGACAACGAUCCCUGUAGGCUAAAAGGCCAUUGAUGUAAACAGAGAGUUUGCCUCAGGGCUUGGUUUCAGAUGCAGAUGAAAAUAUUACAGUCGCCAGACCAGAAUAGUCUUUGAAAUCCAUCAAACCUACUUAAUCAUUUGCUUAAACCCACAGCAGGAUGUAUUAUUCAGCUGUAAUUCUCUUUAGGUAACACAAAACAGAGAGUCAGACAAUUACAAUUACUCAUUUUGCUUGGUUAAAUGGCAGAAUGAGUCUAAAUUGAAUUUAUUAGCUUGAUAAAGGUCAUUAUGCUGCUUAGUAGAAGUUGUUAUGGACGGAGAACGGGCAAAAAGAUAACCUUUUAAGGGCCAAACAGCUGAAAACUCUCUUGAAAUCGCAUGAUACAGAACCACUGUUGGUUUUUUUGAAUUGAUUUGUCAAAUAAUGCAUUCAUUUUCCAUUCACAUUCAUACAGAGCUGUACAUUGCAGUAAAAUACUGUGAAUUAGUGGCUAUUCAGAUUACUGCCUAAACCAAUACAUCCCGACACAUUCUGAUGCCUUUUUCAAUAUCUUGUUUAUCUCUGCUGCAUUUCAAGAUGUAGGGUGGUCAUCUUUUUUUUUAUUAUUAUUGUUUCCUUCUCUAGGUGUACUGUUCUGUAUAUUGGCAUUUUUUUGUACAAUAUCUGGGUGAGAAUGUAAAGGGGGAAAAAUUGUGCAGUAGUACUUUUAUUUUCAUGUGAAGCAAACAGUGAGAAGGUGCUUUACUGUGGUGUUCUGACCUGGUCAUUGUUAGUUGGCUCACUGAAAUUGGAUUUUACAUGAUACUGCAAGAAGACUGGCAAAGGGUCAGUUCACCCAAAUUAUAAAAAUACAUAAUUUCUGACUUACCUCUUGUGGCAUCUAGCCAUGUAGAUAAUUGGUUUCAUUUGCCCAGUUUUUGAGAUAUCCUUCUUUAGAUUUCUACUUUCUACUUUCAGAGAAGAUAUCUUUUUAAUCUCUCUGGGUAUAUUUAUUCUUUGUGUUUUGCAAAUCAUCAAAGUGUGUCUGGUGAUAUUCUAUAUUUUUCUCAUGGUCAAUGGAUCUCAUGAAAAGAUCUGAUAUAUCUUUUAUCUUCUUCUAUUGUUGUCCAGAAACAAAUAAGUGACAAGUUCCUUCUUUGCCAUGAAUACGCUAGUGUAUUUAGACUAGAUCCCAUAUACAGUAGAUUGCAGUCCUGGUGCAUUAAUCCACUGCUGAAAAUAGACUCAACAAAUGUCAUUUGCUGUCGAAGGUCUAUAUACUGUAGGCUUUUGUUUUGAUUGGUUAAUAAGAAUAUAGAAUAUCACCAACCCUAUUCUUUUAAUUUGUCAGGUAUUUUAUUUGUUCAACUUGUCAGACAAAGAUUAUUUUAUCCAUUAAUACUUUCUCUGAUGGAUUUCCUGAAACCCCAGUAAUAAUACUAAUGAUGACAAGAAUAAUCACAAUUCCCAUGAAUGUAUAGUUACAUGUACAGUACUGUGAUAGAGGAUUUUAUCCACAUCACCAAUUCUGUGAAUGUGUGGACAGUGGAGGCAUCCACAAAAUCAGCAUAAUUUGCUAUGAACUGAUAUCUAAUUGGAAGUAGGACAAUUCUUGGAAAGAUCUCUGUAAUUUGGUGCUACUGAUCAGUGAAGACAUACAAGACAUAAAAUUCAAGAUGGAGAGUAAAGUUUUGUAAUAAUAUCUGAAUAUGGGGCCGUUCUUUCAAGGACGUUCUGCUUGAAAUCAACAACUUCUCAUGAACAUAACACAACUAACUGAACUCUAAUAACUCUUCUUCCUGAACUUAUUGCCAUAUUACAUAUUCUCCAGAAAACCUCCUAAGAAAUUCUGUACCCAUAAAAUGAAGCCUCGCUACAGUUGUUUCUCACGGAAAACUGUUUCACUGAAACCUUUGAGAUGUAAAUUUUGAGUACUUUGAGUGGCACAAGUUUGAGCUGCAUUGGUGUGGAGCCAGACAUCUCAAAGAUGGAUAUCCCAAAACAUGCAUAAAUCAAACAAAAUAUUUUGGCAUGGAAAGAAAUAAGAAAAUGUUUUUCUUUUUUUAAUUUAGGUGAACUUACCUGUUACCUGCUUUCUCUAUUUGUGACAUCAUGUAACAUCCUCUUCCACUCUGCUAACUAAGAAUACAAAUUAAGUGUGUACUUGACUUAACAUAGUCAUGAUUCUCACCUGGAGUUCUAGGUCAAAAACAAGAAAAAAAAAAAACUGUUUCUGUGUGAAAACAUUUUGCUACAAAAGAAUAUAAAAUAUUGAUUAAUUCCU